AUGGAAAAUAAAAAAGAUAUCCAAAUCACAAAAUUAGAUGAACAAAGUGAAGCCAAGUCAACAUAUGAGCAAAUAGAAAAAGAUAGAGUUCAGUUAGUCUCUAAGAUAGAAGAGUUAUAUCAAGAUGUAGUAGAACAUAAAUUAGUAUUGGAAGCUUUGGAAAAUGUUCCAUCUGAUAGAAGAUGUUACAGAAUGGUUGGUGAAAUUCUAGUUGAAAGAACGGUUGGUGAAAUUAAACCAGCUUUGAUAGAUCAUAAAAACAAGGUUGAACAAAUUAUAAGUGAAUGCCAGAAAAAAUUAGACGAAAAAAAUAAUGAGAUUUCAAAAUUUAUGAAAAACUCACAAACAUUAAAUAUACCAAGUAGUCUUAUCUCUAAGAAAUCACUUGAGAAUAACAACAGUUUCAAUGAUAAAGACAAGAAGUCAGGUUUAACUUUUUAA